AUGAGUGGUCCUUCUCAAAACUUGACAGAUGAACAGCUAGCGGCUGCGCUGCAACAGCAAUAUCGCAUGGAAUUUCUUCAGAGACAAGAAGAACAACAACAACAGCAACAGAGUCAGCGAAAUUUGACACGAAUCGCCACCACUGCGCCACCUGAAACAGAAGUGGUGUAUAAUGGAAGCAGAGAUGAAGUUUAUGCCCAUCAGUUGCAGCGUCAAAUGCAUUCUCCAUCCAUUCCGUCUCGGAUUCAGAAUGUUGGUUUUCAAGCAAGCAUUUAUGAUAAUAACGCGAACACUAACACUCGACCCGAUGCUCCCCAAAGUCGUCCCGACGCGCCGGGCAACAAUGCUCCACGCGGGGAUAUUGAGGAUGUAGUGUUGGCGCAGCAACUUCAGGAUGAAGAGCUUGCCAGACAGUACAGUAGGCGGUACAACCAACAAAACCAAACCAUUGCCAGCAGUGGUACCCUGUUUGAUAACUACACGCAGACAAGAGGCACCCACGAUGUGGAGACACAACGGCAGCUCUCGCAACAACUGACAGAUGCUGAGCUGGCACAGAACUUGGCACAAAGAGAACAAGAAGAGGCUCUACGUCGUGAUCGCGAACAACAGUCUCAGCUGCAAAAUCAGUCAAAGUGGUACAGACGAAUUCUUCCUUUGUUUAUUCUUGCGGCUGCCAUUACCAUUCCGCUACUCUUUGUCUUCGGGGUCUUUUCCAAAAACGAUGUUCCAUUCCUUGACGGAUUCGGAAAUGACUGGGUCGAUUCGGAUCCUUGGAGCGAUGUUGGAUCCAUCAAUGGCAACUCUAGCAUUACCGUCGGGGACUCUGCUGUGCGAUGGGCAAACAAUGGAAAUGGUUUAAACCUAGAGAUCUGGAAUGCUAUGGAAGACAAAUAUGAUGCACUAUUUGCAACUGCUGUCGCGAACUGGGAAUCUGGGGCUCCAAUUGACUCGUUGACGCUGAGCACAAGAAGAGUCAAUUAUGACUCUGAAUGCAAGGAUGAAAAUGGAAUUCUCAAAGUUUGCAGCGGAAACUAUGGUGCAACCAAGUGGAGAGGACUGAACGAAGUUAAACUCAACAGUCUCACAAGAAUAAUCGUCUCCUCAGUUGCCAAAAUGAACAAUUUUUAUUUGGAUACCGAGUCGGAAGAGCAACGGCUCUAUACAAUUUGCCAUGAACUUGGUCAUGGUUUUGGUCUCCCACAUUGGGAUGUUGACUUUUACAACCGGGACCUUGGAAAUUGCAUGGACUAUACUAUUCGGCCAGAGAAUAACAUGAAACCAAGUACAUCCAACUUUGAGUACUUGGCACGACUCUAUGGCGGCCGCAACGUGGCAACGGUUUCCGCCAUACAAGCACCAGAGACUGCUCCAGAUAGUGAGAACGAAUUUGACCUAGGAAAAAAAGAUAAGAAGGACAAGGGCAAAAAGGGAGAGAGACGGCGCAUUUUGCAUAAGAGCGAUGUGGAGGAAGUCCAUCUUGUCCACUUGGAAGAGGAAGGCAUGGUGCUGCUACGUCAAUACCGGUUUUGA